UAGUAAUUGUUAUUCCGACGAUGAUGGCUACCUCGCUUCCGUCGCAAGUCCCGACCACGUCCCUUUUCCAUAUAUCGCUCCCUCCUCGAUCCCAAAACCCCGCCGGAUUCCAAACCCACCCAAGAAAUUCUAGUUCUUGACGGGGAUGAACGCGCCGGCCAGGAAGGGCGCGGCCGGAGGGGGCCGCGGCCCGGUGCCGGCGCUGCUGCUGGUGGCGGCGGGGGUGCUCGCGUUCCUGAUCUCCUACAGCGUCCUCGCCACGGUGCUCCGCGGCGGCGGCGGCGCCGGCGGCGGCGGAGGAGGAAUAGUCGCGGGAGGGCGGGACCCGGUGGUGCGGAUGCCCGGGUGGAUGCGGAAGGCCGGCGGCGGGAGGGGGCGGAGGCGGCCCUUCCACGUCGCGCUCACGGCCACCGACGCCGCCUACAGCAGGUGGCAGUGCCGGGUCAUGUACUACUGGUACAAGCGGAUGCAGGCGCGGCCCGAGGGCGCCGACAUGGGCGGCUUCACCCGCGUGCUGCACUCCGGGAAGCCCGACGGACUCAUGGACGAGAUCCCCACCUUCGUCGUCGACCCACUCCCCGCCGGCAAGGACCGUGGUUAUGUCGUCCUAAACAGGCCAUGGGCAUUCGUACAAUGGCUGGAGAAGGCAAAGAUUGAAGAAGAGUACAUACUGAUGGCAGAACCAGAUCAUAUAUUUGUGAAACCCUUACCAAAUUUGGCUUAUGACAAUGACCCAGCGGCAUUCCCCUUCUUCUAUAUUACACCUUCUGAACACGAGAAAAUUAUCAGAAAAUACUACCCGAAAGAAAGAGGUCCCAUCACAAAUGUCGACCCUAUUGGGAAUUCCCCUGUAAUCAUUAAGAAGACACUGCUUGAGAAGAUUGCUCCCACAUGGAUGAAUGUAUCACUACAAAUGAAAGAGGAUCAAGAGACCGAUAAGGCUUUUGGAUGGGUUUUGGAAAUGUAUGCAUAUGCUGUUGCCAGUGCAUUGCAUGGGGUUCAACACAUCCUUCGUAAAGAUUUCAUGAUCCAGCCACCAUUUGAUAAGAAGCUAGGCAAUACAUUUAUUAUCCACUUCACCUAUGGAUGUGACUAUUCACUCAAGGGUGUACUGACUUAUGGAAUAAUUGGUGAGUGGAGAUUUGACAAAAGAUCGUACCAAGAUAGGCCACCGCCAAGAAAUCUUACAUUACCCCCUCCAGGAGUGCCAGAAAGUGUGGUUACACUGGUAAAAAUGGUCAACGAAGCUACUGCAAAUCUUCCCAGGUGGGAUGAAGGAUUAUAGGCUAUGGUGACGUCAAAUGUUGAUGAGCUCCCAUUCUGAUUAGCCCUUUAGGUGUAUACAUCACAAAUGAAAGAAGUAGAUAGAUUUUCCUUCAUACUUAGGCCCUGCUAGGAGGAAAGGAAUUUUCCUGUUCCCUACUGGAAUUAACUGCUUCCAGUGAAAGAUAUGAAAUUGAAAGAGAGUCUUACAGGCAAAGAAAGAAGAUAGCAGCCCAAAAAUUUCCAUUUAAAGUUACCUUGUAAUUUUCGGUGACUCGUAUUACUGCUUUAUGCGAGUGAUACUGUGCUUGCA